CACCGACAAGCAAGGCGAACACGAAUUCCCUUCGCUGAUCAACCUUCCCAGACACGGAUUCUUCCCGGCUCGCCAUGUCCACGCCAAAGGACGAGUGUCGCCUAGCAUGUACCACUUAGCUAAGAGCCUAUACCUACUCGCCACGAGCAAAGAAGAGUACUCAGUGAUCCUCCUCGGCCUCGACAAUGCAGGCAAGACGACCUUCCACGAGCAAGUCAAGUCGCUCUUCCUCCCUUCGCACCCGGACCCGAAGCUCAAGACCGUGCCGACCGUGGGCCAAAACGUGUCCACCAUCGACCUGCCGGACAUGUACCUCAAGAUCUGGGACGUGGGCGGCCAGCUGACCCUCCGCAAGCUGUGGCAGAGCUACUACGCCAGCGCCCACGCCAUCGUCUUCAUCGUCGACUCGACCGACAUUGGCGACGGCACCCUCCUCAUCGGUGAGGGAAACGGGAGCGCGGCGGCGGGGGCGGCGGCGGCGGGUUCGUCGUCGUCGCCGUCGGGGGACAACGGCCGGUUGGACGAGUGCCGCGCCGUGCUGGAGGAUGUGCUGCAGCACUCCGACGCCGAGGGCGUGCCGGUGCUGGUGCUGGCCAACAAGCAGGACCGCGAGGACUGCGUCGAGGUGGUGCGCAUCAAGGAAGGGCUCGUCAAGAAGGUCUUCGAGGGCGAAAAGGCGAGCAGUAUCCGCGAUUCGAGGGUCUUGCCCGUCAGCGCCUUGACGGGGGCGGGUGUCCGGGAGGCUGUCGACUGGGUGCGGUCGCGCGUGAAGUGGAAUAAGGAGUCAAGACCACCCGUCAUGCGGUGAUUGUGCUUUUUUGUUGGUCCUGGCGCGGUUAACAACGGGGGGUCUAAACUACUCUUGACGGACGGCGUUUGGGGCGGCGUUUUGGGUGUUACGGACAACGCAGGAGGUGAAAGCACCAUAUCGUAUAUCGCAUUGCAUAGCGACACAUGCUCUGCUGUUCUCAAGGAGUGUCUUUUCCCCUUGACGACGAGGGGGCUCCUUCCCCCCCCCCCCCCUUUUUUUUUU